UAUACCGUGUGAAGUAGUUUCCGCUUCCGGUUAAUUUUGCAAGUCAGUCGCCGGUAGAAUAUCAUUGUUUAUCAACUGUUUUAAAAAAAACGUGAUGGACAGACUAUUAAGGCUUGGUGGAGGAAUGCAUGGUUUAGGACAGGGAGCUCCCCCGUCAGAUGCUCCAGCAGUGGAUACAGCUGAACAAGUUUAUAUUUCUUCUCUUGCUCUAUUAAAGAUGUUGAAGCACGGUCGAGCUGGGGUACCAAUGGAGGUCAUGGGUUUGAUGUUAGGAGAGUUUGUAGAUGACUACACUGUCAGAGUUAUUGAUGUCUUUGCUAUGCCCCAGUCGGGAACAGGUGUUAGUGUGGAGGCAGUAGACCCUGUAUUCCAGGCUAAGAUGUUAGAUAUGCUCAAACAGACUGGCAGACCAGAGAUGGUUGUAGGCUGGUACCAUUCCCAUCCAGGAUUUGGCUGCUGGUUAUCUGGGGUAGAUAUAAAUACACAACAGAGUUUUGAGGCACUUUCAGAGCGAGCUGUAGCAGUGGUUGUAGAUCCUAUACAGAGUGUCAAAGGCAAGGUGGUGAUAGAUGCAUUUAGAUUGAUCAAUCCCAACAUGAUGGUACUAGGACAGGAGCCCAGACAGACAACCUCUAACCUAGGACAUUUACAUAAACCCUCUAUACAGGCUCUUAUACAUGGUCUCAAUCGUCAUUAUUAUUCAAUCGCCAUCAACUACAGGAAAAACGAGCUGGAACAGAAGAUGUUGUUGAAUCUCCACAAGAAAUCUUGGGCAGAUGGCCUCACAUUACAAGAUUAUAAAACACAUUGUUCUACCAAUGAAACAGUUGUCAAGGAGAUGUUGGAACUCGCCAAAAAUUAUCACAAGGCAUUAGAGGAGGAAGAAAGCAUGACACCAGAACAACUUGCAAUAAAAAAUGUUGGGAAACAGGAUCCAAAACGCCAUCUGGAGGAACAUGUAGAUGUACUGAUGACAGAGAAUAUAACACAGUGUCUAGGGGCCAUGUUACAUACUGUUGUGUUUAAAUGAGGUCACAAAACACCGAACAUAUUUUAACAUUAUGCUGAUUCAUCAGAUUGUAUUACAUUACAAUUAUUUGUGUACCAGAUACAUGUAGGUGUUGAAACAUUUCAUAAGAACAUUCAGUGUCUGUACGUUAGCAAAGAAAUUUCUGCAUCUAUUUCAUCCUGAAAUUUGUUAGGAUACACUCAGAUCAUCA